AUGGAAAGCGACUCUCCGCUGAACAGACCCACAGUUCAUUUCUUGCUCUCGGCUUCCUACCUUUUUGUCUUCCUCGCGACAGUUUUGGGUUUGUUCCAUCUUUUUUGCACUUAGGAGCGAUCUGAUCUUUUUAGAUCUUUUUCAAGAAACGAAGAAAUGCUUAGGGGAAAAGUACAAAAGCAAGAAGAAAACCAGUAAAGUAUCGCGUUUCUCUUUUGUGUCCGUGCGAGUUUACUCGCACUAACAAAUAACGGCCACCGACGACAUCGUCCGUUUUUAUAUGUGAUUCUCGCACCUUGGCAGGGAUUCAAUGAAAGAAAAAACGUUUUUGCGCUGAUUCCAAGGACAAACACUACCGUGUUGUUUCAUCGGCUUUUCAUUCGCGGAGGAAAAUAAUUUUCGAUUCACUGUUCGUUUAAUGGAUAGAGCUGAAAAGAAUGUUCGUUUCAAAUCAGGUUGAGUUUAAGCUCGACUUUCUAAUUUUCAAGAUAACAGACUAGAAGAGAAAUCAUUAACUCAAAACAUAGAUUCUUUCUUAGACAGGCAAAAAUUUUAUUAUUCAUGAAGACACUGAGAAUCAUAAUUUGAACAAUAAGCUUUCAUUGAAGAAAGGAAUUUCUAAACAUAAGCUUUUUCCCAUAGUUUCCAAGGUACUACUUUUUGAAGUCUGUUUCAAAAAAAUAGAAUUAAAAAAAAUAAUGAAUGCAGCCUGUUUCAAUAGAAAAAAAAUGCGCAAGCUGGGGCUUUCGAAACUUUUUUUCGAGUACGUCAAAUAUUCAACCGAAUUUUUCAAAAAAAAUAUUUGAUUUUUCGAAUAAAAUUUUUCUUUUUUUCAAAAAUUCACUGAUCCGAAAAAAACACAAUAAGGUUUGCACAUAUUCCCGUGGAUUUUUUUGUUCUCAAAAAAAUAGUGUUCUGUUAUUUUUUUCUCACUUAACCUCAGGUUUGGCCAUUUUUUCAAAAUUUUAACUACAAUUUUCUGAAACGAGUGUUUUAUUUUUUAUCGUGUUCCAUUUUAAGUGAACCAGUUUGCAUUUGUAUUCGGCUGAAUUCGAACGCUCAAGAAAAAACGCGGCAGUUUUUUCCCUGCAAAAUUAUGCAUUAAAACAGAAUUUAGAAAGAAAGUUUGCUUAGUUCAAGUUCAAAUUUUUUUAACUUUCUCUAGGAGGCUCAAAAAAUAUUUGAACAUUACUUCGUGAAAAAGUUAAAGCAAUCGUAAAUAAAAUAAAAACAUAAAUUCUUUUUUUACAGCUUUUUAAAGCAUCCCACUGAAUUGUCAGAUCUGCGCCUACUUUGGCUGCAUUCGCACCUUUUGCGCUUCCUGUGUUAGAAAGAAUAAUUGCAGGAAACAUCGUCAUUCUCCUCGUUUUUAUCUCACAAAAACGGAUAAGGAGUGUCCCCAACUUCUUUCUCGCAAACUUGACGGUGAGUCUGAAGUAUUCAUGUUGAAACAUCAGAAGUUGCAGGUUGCUGACCUGUUUGUCGGUAUUUUCUGCGUUCUGCAGAAUGCCGCUCAUUUCGUUCUGCAGGGUAGGCUGAGUACAAAAAAGCAAUAUUAUUAUUUUUUAGGACACGGCCGAUGGCCUUUCGGAAAAGUACUUUGUUACUCUUACAUCUACACUCUCCACAUGGUCCCCAACGUUUCUGCUGGUAUUUUGGUCAGUUCCAUGAAUGGAAGGGCACUUUCAUCAGGUGGAAUCGACUAGGCGGUGAAAAAAUUGCUCUUUUGAGCGGCACUAACACUGCCUUUGGCGAAAAAGAAGUCAAAACGUGUAGUUGAUUGAUUUGAAAGCAUGGCCUUACGAUCCUUCGCCUGUGAUUCCACAAGUAGAUCCCUCAGUUUCGCGGGUACGGGCACGGCGGUGAUGGUGGGGCUCGGGCACGGACCCCGUGUACACUCUAGGACAGUCUCGGCCGACUGAGAAAGCUGCCACUUCGAGUGAAGAAAAUACACGGAAUUCCUUCAAAUUUGUUCGAAUUUCGAAAUUUCGCAAACCACGAUUUCUCAAUUUAGUUCGAAGAUUAAAUUUUUCUCGAUCCCCCCUAAUGAACAAAAAAAAAUUCUGAGCCUAGCCUAUAAAAAUAGUAUCAUGUCAACAAAUUGAUGAAUAUCGAAAGUAUGGUUAAAAUAUGAUACAAAGGACUGAUACUUUUCGAGAUGAUCUAAAAAAAAAUAAACCGUUUUUUUCCCAGCUUUACAACAGAAAACAAAAAAGCUACCUUAUAUAGAGAAUGUGCUCGUAGUGAUAGUACAGAAAUAUAAAUGGCAGAAUAAGAAGUUGUUUUAUAAAAAUCAAUGAUUUCCCACCUACUCGAAAAAUCCAAGGACUUGGGUAAAAAACUAAUACAACAUCCAUCAAAGCUGAAUCAAACCACGUCAAAUGAAAAUUUGAGUUCAAAAAAACGUCAGGCGUUUGCAAAUAUUAAUAGAAAAACCCAAUGGAGGAGAUGGACGGGAACGUUAAAAAAAUUAUUUUUAAAAAAAAUUAAACUUUUUUUCUUUUUCUGGGUUUGUCAUCUGAAAAAGAUAUUUUUUUACAGGUAUUAGUCUCAGUGGAAAGACUGAUAGCCGUUUUGCGUCCUCUUCGAGUCCGGCGAACUUUUUCCACUCGAGUUCUCAUCACUUCUUCUGUUUUUGUCUGGACAAGUUAGUUCGACUGUUCGAAAUAAAAAUAUUGUUUUUCACUUGAAAGCGAAAAAAUUGUGUGUAGAAACAAACAAAGCGUUCAUUGCACGCUUUCUUUUUUAAGCAAUUAUUUUUUAAAAUUGAUCGGAAACACCAAAAAUUGAACUUUUUUUUUGUAGAAUGAUAAGAAAAGCUUUUUUUUUUCUUGAGCUUUUGUAAUUGCUCAAAAAGUUUUGAUUUUUUAAUGUUUUGCGUGUAUGAAAAGUUUCACAGCGUGGAAUUUAGUACAAUUUUUGUAGCUAGUAUCAAUCAAAUACUUUCAAUAGAUCUUUCACGUGCCAAAGGUGAACUAUCUUCAAUUUAUGUUGCAGCUAGUGCAAUCAUGAACCUUCCUUACUACUUCGCAUCUCAGUACUUGGAGUACGCAGACGUCAAUGAAACGUUGUCGGUAAGAAGUUAGAAGAAAUUGAAAGAUUCAAAUCGUGAGUUCGAGAUUUGCACGCGAAGACAUAUCGAAGUUGGCGGCGUGAAUGUUUUGAAAGCGGUCGCCACCCUCAACUUCAUUGUUUGGUAAAGUUUGAGUCCCAACUUUUCGAGAAUAACUUUCUAGGUACGCGUUACCCCUGUUGGUAUUACUCUUCAUCUAUGCGACUAUCGGCAUUGUUGUGAGUAGAACGACGUACAUCACGAAAAACUCGGCCACCAAACUCCUGCCAAGAUCAAGUGCGUACUAGGAAAUUCAAAACGAGGAGAAAGUUCUUCUAGGUUGGAGAUCUGAAUCAUCCUCUGGGGGAAUGACGACAAAUAAACGACGCAAGGUUGUUUUUUGGUCUCAGAAAGACCGAAAAAAAAGAAAUUGUUUUAGGUGGGACGACUGGCAGUUGGAAUCGUCGUCGCUUUUGCCUUUUUCUCAUUACCAAGGUACUUGUACUUCAUGUGGACUGUUUGGAGAGAUCCCAUGAGUAAGUUGUUAUUUUCAUUGUUGAUGAAAUCCGACUAUACACAUUUUUUUAAAAACGAGAUCAUAAAGCUUCGCAAAAAACAUAAAAAGCCACAUUCGAAAAACAGUUUUUCUCGAUCUGCCGUUUUAAAUUCUGAAAAACUCAAAAUUUCAAUCGAAAGAUCUAUGUAAAAAAAUAAGGAAAAAUCUUGUUUGCGUCUCCUAAAAAUCUCGCAAUUUUUGACACUCACGAAAUUGAUCUUUUUGCAAAAUCAAGUUCUCAUUUCAACUUUUGCAGUUCCGAGAUGUUUGAAUUGCCUACAAAAUGUGCUGCAGCCAAUAAGUUUUCUGCUUCUUUUCUUGAAUUCUGCUGUAGAUCCCUUUCUGUACGCUUUUUUGUCGACAAGAUUCCGACAAUCCAUCAAAGAAACUUUCGGCUGUGGGAAGAACAGCAAAACCCUUGUGAGUUUUCCCGCUUCCCUUCAAAUCGAAACCUUCACGAAACUUGGCACACAUCAUGAUUUUUAGAGACGACAAAAUACGGUGGAAAUGUCGUCGCAAAUGAAACGGAAAACCACGUUAGUAGCAGCGGACACGGCUUUCGACGAAAUUGUCGCCAAUGAAAUUUGA